UGUAUAGUGCCAACGGCUGGAAGAGCACAAAAGAGGAGAGCAAUCUCAUUUAGACUACCAAAAGCCUUCCUUUUUUAAAGUCAAAACUCAUAACCCAAGCCAUCUCUUUCUCUCUCUGUCUCUCUCUCUCUCUCUCUCUCUGAAGCCUCUGUCCUUUCCUUUACCCUUGUGCUUUGCUUCUACCAUCUUUCUUCCUUCAUUCACUGUGCUUCAACAAAACCCUCCCCCUAUUUCGCUCUGUUUUGUCACGGAGCCAUCAAUUUUUUCCUCAUCUUUGAUUCUUAAGCACGGAAAUGCUGAAACCAAUAAAACCCGGAUCACAAUUCGUCCUCUCCCAAAUGGGUUCUCCUCAAUACUAAUUUCUUUCUCCCUCUCUCUCUCUCUCUCUCUCUCUCUCUAGAUAUAUAAAUAUAUAUAAUUGCAGGACAUGUUGUGUUGCUGAGAUGGGUUUCUUGGAUUUGUGCGCAAUCUCUUUCUUUCUCUUGUUUUCUUUACGGGUUCAGGUUCUAAAUUCCCAAAACCUGACUUGCAAUUCCAACGAUCUCAAGGCGCUCGAGGGGUUCUUGGUUGGUUUGGAGUCGGGAAUCAUCAAUGGCUGGGAAAGCAAUUCAACAUCUUCUCCUUCUUCUUCUCCCAAUUGCUGUAACUGGCUAGGUAUUACCUGCAAUUCUAGCAGAGUUGUCAAAUUGGACCUUUCAAGGCAAAAGUUGAGAGGCAACCUCUCUGAAUCAUUGGGCCACUUGGACCAGCUCAGAACCCUAAACCUCUCCCACAAUUUCUUCAAAGGCUCAAUUCCACCAUCACUGUUUCAUUUGCCCAAUUUGGAGAACCUUGACUUGAGCAACAAUGAUCUUUCAGGUUCCAUUCCAGUGCAAAUCAACCUUCCCUCACUCCUAAUUCUCAACAUUUCUGAGAAUGGUUUCCGCGGAUCCCUUCCAGAGGGUAUAUGGAACAACUUGACUCGAAUUCGGGUCAUUGAUCUUUCUUUUAGUUACUGGCAUGGUAGAAUUCCAUCAUCAAUCGGGAAUUGCAGCUUAUUGGAAAGCCUCUGCCUUGGCUCCAAUUUCCUCUCUGGGAAUCUGCCAGAAGAUCUGUUCAGGCUGCCAAAAUUAGCCAAGUUUGCUGUUCCGGAUAACUGGCUUUCGGGGGGGCUCAGCAAUGGCAUUGGUAAUCUUUCUAACCUUGAUCACUUGGAUGUAUCUGGAAAUUGGUUUUCAGGGCCUAUCCCAGAUGUGUUUAAUAGCUUUACAAAGUUAGAAGAAUUUUUUGCGCAAUCCAAUGGUUUUGCUGGCCGGAUACCGCCUUCUCUGUCGAAUUCUAGAACUCUUACUGCACUAGGGCUGAGAAACAAUUCUUUAAAUGGUCCAAUUGAUGUUAAUUGUUCGGCAAUGAGCCAUCUGGUCUCGCUUGAUUUGGCUACUAAUCAAUUCACCGGGCCUGUUCCCGGUAAUCUUUCCCUUUGUCCACGUUUGAAAACUAUAAACCUUGCACGGAACAAUUUAGGUGGCCAAAUCCCAGAAAGCUUCAGGAAUUUCCAGAGCCUCUCGCACCUUUCUCUCUCGAACUCAAGCAUUUAUAACCUUUCAGAUGCCCUCAAAAUUCUACAGCAUUGCCAGAAUUUGACUACUUUGGUUCUUACCUUGAACUUCCACGAUGAGGAGGUGCCUUCUGAUCCCAGCCUGCAGUUCAAAAGUCUGAAGGCUCUCAUUAUUGCCAAUUGCGGUCUCACUGGUUUGAUCCCCCAGUGGUUACGUGGGUUGAGAAAAUUGCAGUUGUUGGAUUUGUCAUGGAAUCGGUUGCAAGGAUCGCUUCCACCCUGGUUGGGAAAUUAUGAGUUUCUCUUUUAUGUGGACUUGUCAAACAACUCUUUUACCGGAGAAAUUCCAAAGAACCUGACUGGAUUACAGAGUCUCAUCUUCAGGGAUGUCUCCUUGCAAGAUCCUUUGGUUUUCCCCUUUUUCGUGAAAAGAAACAAAAGUGGUAGAGGAUUCCAAUAUAAUCACAUUGGGAGCUUUCCACCAACACUUGCCCUCGCCAAUAACUUUCUGAAUGGAUCAAUCUGGCCCGAGUUUGGAAACCUGAAAAAGCUGCACGUGUUGGAUCUGAAAUGGAAUAAUUUAUCUGGAAGCAUUCCUGGAACUUUAUCAAAUAUGUCAAGCAUUGAGGCCCUCGAUUUGUCCCAUAAUAAUCUGUCGGGAACUAUACCUGUCUCGUUGACAAACCUCAGCUUUCUUUCACAAUUCAGUGUUGCUUACAACAAACUGUCUGGUCUGAUCCCCUAUGGAGGCCAGUUUGCAACCUUUCCUAAUUCAAGCUUCGAUGGGAACCAAGGUCUGUGUGGCGAGCACGCCGCCCCCUGUGCAAAUAGUAAACAAGUUCCUCAAGUAUAUUCUGGAAAGUCAAAGAGAAGAAAAGGAACCGUUAUUGGAAUGGCUGUUGGGAUCGGAUUUGGGACAGCUUUUCUUCUUGCUCUUAUGCUUUUAAUUUUGUGUCGUGCUACUAAUCGACGGGAGGUGGAUCCUGAAAAGGAGGAGGUUGAUGCUGGCGUAAAGGAUUUGGAAGUACUUGGAUCAAGUUUAGUGGUUCUUUUCCAAAAUAAGGACAGCAAUAAAGAGCUCUCCCUUGACGACCUUCUGAAAUCUACCAACCAUUUUGAUCAAGCAAAUAUUGUUGGGUGCGGGGGCUUCGGUUUGGUCUAUAGAGCCGUACUUCCUGAUGGGAGGAAAGUUGCUAUAAAACGGCUCUCUGGUGAGUAUGGUCAGAUGGAUAGAGAAUUUAGAGCUGAAGUUGAAGCUCUCUCAAGGGCUCAGCAUCCCAAUCUCGUCCUUCUUCAGGGGUAUUGUAAUUAUAAAAGUGACAGGCUUCUGAUAUACUCGUAUAUGGAGAAUGGAAGUUUGGAUUAUUGGUUACAUGAGAAACCUGAUGGGCCUUCGUCCCUAGAUUGGGAUACGAGGCUUCAAAUUGCUCAAGGGGCAGCAAGAGGGCUUGCUUACUUGCACCAAUCAUGCGAGCCCCAUAUCCUUCACCGAGAUAUCAAGUCUAGUAACAUCCUUCUAGAUCAGAAUUUUGAGGCUCACUUAGCUGAUUUUGGUCUUGCGAGGCUCAUACUUCCAUAUGACACCCAUGUCACUACUGAUCUUGUUGGGACAUUAGGCUACAUACCUCCUGAGUAUGGCCAAGCCUCUGUUGCAACUUAUAAAGGAGACGUGUACAGUUUCGGGGUUGUCCUUUUGGAGCUUCUCACUGGCAAGAGGCCAAUGGAUAUGUGCAGGCCCAAAGGAAGCCGGGAUUUGAUCUCAUGGGUACUCCAAAUGAAGAGAGAGAAAAGGGAAAGUGAGGUAUUUGAUCCAUUUGUGUACGAUAAACAGCAUAGUGAGGAGAUGUUGCGGGUUCUGGAGAUAGCUUGCCUUUGCUUAUGUGAAUGCCCUAAACUUAGGCCUUCUACUCAGCAGCUAGUUUCUUGGCUUGACAACAUUGAUCUCGAUCUAGCUUAUUGACAUUAUGGUGUGAAUUUGUCGCCUUUUGGCUAAAGAAUCAUCGCCCACAUUCCUUUUCAAGAAAAUUUGUUGUUUCAUAUCAGAAGUUGCAUCUUCGAUAACUGAGAUCCUGAUGUAAAUACCUAUCCACACACUUGAGAAGUUGGAACGAGAGAGGGAUCUUACAGAAGCACAAAAAACAUUUUGUAAGCUUUCAGUUGUUAGAUUAUUUUACUUACUUUCAUGGAGGAGAAGCUUGGUUCUUGAACAUGUAUAAAAUAAAUUUCCAGGAUUUACUUUUCUCUAUUUCAUGGUGCUCCAUAGUUUACAGA